AUGGUCUCCAGUGAUGAGGCUCUUCCUGCGUCUCCCGGCAAGAAAAGGAAGUUCGAAAUGGAAGAUAAUGCUAUCUCCGUUGAAGAGGGUGUCAUGCCGAAAGAAAUUAAAGCGGUAAAGGAUGUGGAAUUGGAGGAUCGUAUCUCGCAUUUGCCUGAUCAUGUCAUCCAUCACAUUCUUUCCUUCCUUCGGAAUCCGAAGGAUGCGAUCCGGUCGAGUAGUUUUUCCAAGCGAUGGAGAGCGGUGUGGCAUUCCUAUGCAAUGUUGGUUUUUGAUGAAGUAAAGUUUGCUGCAAGAUUUGGACUUGAGGAUGGAAGUAAUAAGGAAAUUAUGUUUAGAGAAUAUGUAUCUGACUCUUUGGGUAGAUACCUUGCGAAUAAUUCGCAGAUGUAUAAAUUGUUUAUACAUAUGACCUCCUUUGGCUUAACCGACACGACACUUGUCGACAACUGGCUAACUUCUGCUGUCUCACAAGGUAUUAAAGAAAUAGAUCUCCAUGUCGGCUUUCAGGGUAGUAAUCGGUAUACUCUACCGCAAGUUGUCUUUUCAUCCGAGACUUUGACCGGAAUAAAGUUAAGUGGUUGCAUACUGCAAAGUUGUGGUGCGCUUCCUCGUCUGCAGAAACUUUAUCUGCGGAAAGUUCACCUAGUUGAGCAUAGUGUUAUAAGUUUAAUCUCCCUCUGCCCUUCAAUUGAGGAUUUAAGACUCAUACAGUGCACAGGUUUGAAAUUCUUGGUUGUUUAUCAUGAUAGUCUCAGUAGGGUUGAAAUCCACAACUGCAAUCAACUGAAGAGGGUUGAUAUCAUUGCUUCUAAUCUCGAGACAUUUUGGUUUUCUGGCAAGAGUUCAACGUCUUGCAAAGUUGAUUUGGAACACUGUAAAUCUCUGAAAAAGUUGACAUUAGAGCAUCCACAAGUGAUCCGUGACUUUUCUAAAACUAAGUUCACCAGAUUUCCCUUACUUGAACAAUUAGAUCUAUGUGUUUCUGAUAUAAUGAAAUCUAUCACAAUUUUUAACAAUUGUCUUCAGAGAAUUGCUUUAAAAGGAUGCACGAAAUUGACUUAUGCUCAAAUAUAUGCUCCUAAACUCGUUUCUUUUGAGUUGAAGGGAGACAAGAUGCCUUACAUUGACUUUCACCCUUUCUGCCUCAGAGAUGCCAAAGUUUCUUUGGUAUCUAAAUCUAAACCUAGAGACAUUGGACUCGGAGUUGGUAACAAACUGUGGCAUAUGAUGAGACCUUUUAUAUCGAAGUUCAGUCCUAAAGGGUUUAAAUUGAUUAUGCAUUCUAAGAAGAAUAUUAUUAUUCAUGAAGAUUUGAGCAACAUCAAAUUCCCUCCUUUGUAUGACCUAAGCUUUGAGAUUAUCAAAUCAUCAGCAUGUCUUCAGGAUAUUUUGUAUGAUUUAUUGCGGAAAUUGCACCCAGUGUCUAUAGCUAUUGUUUCUUCCUCUGACAGCAAACUCUCCGAGUCAGUAUAUGAAAUGAUGAAGAUCAAAGAUGAGGAUCUAAUAUGUUGUAGAUAUAAAUCUUCAAAAAAUAAAUGCUGGCGGCAUUUCUUGAAGGAGUUUAAGUCUGAGAACUGGGAAGAAAUGCUUGAGGUUGUGGAAGCCUCCGAAGAUGAAAUUACUUCUACAUUGUAUUUUUGGUUGCAGCUGUCAUAUUCUACAACCGAGCCGCGUCAGAUGACUCAUUUUAGAUUAAACUGGAAUGCUCAUGAACCUGGUGUGGAGACAUGA